GGGAACUGGGGAUAUGGCUGAGAAUGACCCCAAGACCUUACAGGAUCUCCCCUCAGUGGUUCAGACACUCCUGCAACAGAUGCAAGAUAAAUUUCAGACCGUGUCUGACCAGGUCAUUGGAAGAAUUGAUGACUUGAGCAGUUGCAUUGAUGACCUGGAGAAAAAAAUUCCAGACCUCAUGACACAGGUUGGGGUGGAAGAGCUGGAGGUUGAAAACAAGAUCCCUGACACACCAAAGAGUUGAAGGUGGCUAAUUCAC